UGAAAAAAAAGUAUUAGUCGAUGAGUGGUGAGUUGAGUAAGCUCAGUCGCAAUUAGUUAUCUAUAUUUACAAUUUAUUUAUAUUCAUGGUCUUAUACGUUUAUUUUGUAACAUAGUGGCGAUACAUGUAUCCUGAUCUUUAAAAUUUCAAUCGGCCAUAUCACCUGGUUAAUAGUGAAGUGCUUCUGUAAUUUUAUUAACGUAGAAAAUGUUUAGUGUGCUGCAACAGUGUGCGCAUGAGUAAGGCACCCGCGCACUUGCAACUGAAAUGUGAGCAGUUGGGGCGUGAACAGUGUGAACAACAAGCAGCGUGCGGGCAUGGCGUGGCGCGCGCUCGUGGCCUGCGCCCUCGGGCUGCUGGCGCCGGUCCACGGCACCGUCGUCGUCUACACCCAGGACAUACCACACACAAUAGUGGACGAAUUCAGCGACCAGCCAGCGGCGUUCGGCGCGAAGCUACCGGAUGACGGGUUGCGGGGGCUGCUGGUGCGCGCCGAACCGGCCGACGGCUGCACGCCUCUGGCGCGCCCGCCGGCCGCCGACAACUUCACCGACAAGUGGAUCGUGCUCAUAGCCAGGUAUAACUGUACCUUCGAGGUGAAAAUCCGCAAUGCGCAAGCGGCAGGAUACGACUGCGCUAUCGUGCACAACGUCAACUCCAGUGAACUCGAUACUAUGACCACGAAGCACCCGGCGGGCAUCGAUAUCCCCUCCGUGUUCGUGAGCGACAUCGCCGGCCUCGCGCUCGGCGAGUCCUACCUCUACAAUUACGGCUACUACAUUAUGGUGAACGGCGCGCCCUUCGACAUCAACACACAGCUGCUGCUGCCGUUUGCCAUCGUCGUCGCCAUCUGUCUCUUCAUCAUGAUCGGGUUAAUGAUAGCGAAGUGCGUCCGCGACCGUCGGCACGCGCGGCGGCGGCGGCUGCCCGCGCGCGCGCUGCGCAAGAUCCCCACGUGCAAGUUCAGCAAGGGCGACCCCUACGACACCUGCGCCAUCUGCCUCGACGACUACGUCGAGGGCGAGCGUCUGCGCGUGCUGCCCUGCGCACACGCGUACCACGCGAAGUGCAUCGACCCGUGGCUGACGCAGAGCCGGCGCGUGUGCCCCGUGUGCAAGCGGCGCGUGUUCGCGGCGGGCGAGCGCCGCGCGCCGCUCUCCGACUCCGACAGCGACGACUCGCGCGAGCCGCUCGUCACCAACACCACCGAGCCCACUCAGGGCGGCACGUUCGAGCCGCAGCGCGAGAACCCGUUCGUGCGCGCCGCGCGCUUCGUGACCCGCGCGCGCCGCUCCCAGCCACAGAACGAGGGACAGCCUGACGAAGAAAACAAUACAGUGAGGAAUGGCGUUGAAAAUGGUCAAAACGAUGACACGGAGCCUCUGAUUCGGCCAUCGGCACCUGCGGAUGGGCAAAGCACGUGGUACCUGUCCCGGUCGCGCCGCACCCGCCGAGCCCGGGCCGCCGCCGCCGCCGCCGAUCCGGCCGCCGAGCCGGCCGCCGCGCCUGCGCCGCCCGCGCCGGCUCCACCGCCGACGCCGCUGCUGCACGCCGCCGAGCACUCCAUCAACACCGAGACACAGUGCCGCGGUGAAAUCGGGGUCGCGGCCCUGCCCGCUCCACAAAACCCGCCCUCACAUAUUCAUUUAUGAAUGGCUUAAUUUGUCUCUCAUGUGCAUACACCGCACUCGAGGAGGCAUUUAGUAACGUUUGUAAAUAAUUCAACAAUUUUUUUUCGACUUGUCAUAAAUUGUGCAACGAGGGGUGUAAGUGAAAUCUUGGAAACUCUUGGAAAAUCUUGGUGAUAAUUAAAGACCCGAGUUUGCAAUAUUCUUACCCCUGGAGUUACACACAAUGUUUUUCAUCACACUUGCGAAGAAAAAACUAAAAUUUAAACGAAAUAAUUCUUAAAUACGGUGACAUAUCAAACAUUCGUCCGCCAUUUUGUAAUUUCUUGACAGGUUAGCAUCGAGGACACAGACCUAUCCGGCAUUCAACUACGAUUAAUAAUUAUGUAAAAAUAUUUUAAACGGCUGUUAAAUUAAUCGAAUUAUUUAAUUUUAAACAUAAACAAAAAUAUUAAAUUAUAAACGUUAGUAUUUUAAUAGUAAAACUCAUUUAUGCUACUUGGUUUGUAUGAAAAAGUGACAUAAUUAAAAAAAAGUAGGCCUUUGUCCUUCAGUACACCUGCAUGAAAUAAAAACUUUUUCGAGCAAGUGUGAUGAAAAGGUAUUUUUACUUAGUAUUUGUAACCCGGUAAUAAGUCAUAAUGACUUACUCCGUUGGCUCCGUGACCCAAAAUGAGACUUGGCCCCCGACACAAGGCAGCCACUUUUCUCGUUCCUGUGCGACUUCUCGCCAAUUGUCGACUCGAAGUUCGCGCAGAUCCGCCUCCAUCAUAACAGGUGAUUGAACUGACGCAUGAUUUUAAUUUGUCGAAUGAUGAUUCCUAUGAGAGUACCUAAAAUAGUUUUUAUGUUUAAUUAAAAAAAAAAUAGGAAAUAUGUUUUACCGUAUUUUUACUUCCUAAAAGUUACAUGCCAAGUGAAUUAAAGUGCUAAACUUCUAAAAAAACAUAUAUUUACGUGAAAGCUACUCCAAUUACUCCAUAUUAAAAUGAACUGUCACAGGAACCAUCAUUUGACGCGAGACAUAUACAAAAUAAAAAUCAUGCGUAUGAUUAAAUACCAGGUUACAAAUAUUAAGUAGAAACCUUACUUUGACAACUCGAAAUAGUUAUUUACGAUACAAGUGUAAAAAUAGGAAAUUCGUAACGAGUGGUGAUAAAUUGUGCGAAUUAAAUUCGCACAUGUAUCGUACACCGUUUUACAGUAUAUAUGACCCUUUAAAUUUUCGACAUAGUUACAUAAUGAGCUAAUUUACGCACUAGUGCGGAAAAGUAGCACCAUAUUUACUGUAAAUGUAUUUUCCCUUAGGUCGUGUUUUAAUUUAUCGCCACUCGUUACGCAUUUCCUAUUUUUCGCACUUGUAUCGUAAAUAACUAUUGCAGACGUUACUGACGUGCCCGCACUCGAAUGCGGUGUAUGCUCAUGUGCAUUCAGAACAAUCCUUGUUUUAAUACAUGAAUGUCGGAAACUCGUCGAGAUUAAAUCUAGUAACAACUGUAUGUCGUAUUUCGCUUGGUUAAUUUGACUAUGAAAAUACUGUAGGCCUUAAACGUCGUUCAAGGCAGCGCGACAUGUCAUGGUUCUCAGGUUUAAUAAUAUUAACAUGUAUAUAUUUAAAUAGGUAUUUAGUUUGGUUUCCUAUAUCUCUAAAGAUAUUUCCCGAUUACGACUCAUAUUUAAAUUUUAGGCAUACUUGUAUAGUAUCAAAUUAUUAUUCUCAUAUCUUUAUUUGUUGUCAUACAUUUGUGUCUGAAAUUAUGUUCCGUACCAUUAGGUACAUCAAUAAAAUUAUUUAUUACGAUUUGAAUAGCAGAUAAUUAGGAUAUCUUAGUAUUCAUUUAAAUUCGUUGGGUGACGCAAUUUAAAUUCUCAGAAUUGAAUUUGCUCAAUGAAAUAACCGUCCGCCAAUGGUGGCGUCUGCGCGGUCUUAGCCGACUGCCUCGCGGCGAGCUUUACAGCGUUGAUACAACACCAAAAAUACAAUAGUGCGAGGAGAAAACACAGACGUAGCUCAACGCGGGGUCUCACCUCGAGGCAAAAUUAACUACCGUAAUUUUCUGGUAAACGCUCUUUUAGAAAUAAAAUUACUUCACCCACUUACUUGACACAUUCUAAAUUGUCUAUUGUGUGUAAAUGAGGUUUCCUUGUAGCAAGGCAAGCGUAAUACCAAUUAUCAUGUUGAGAACACACAGUAACAGGUCAGGUUGUGACACCAGUUGGCCAGCUUGACGCUCAAUGGUAUAAAACAUGGUAAAAAAGCCAUGAUGAUAAUCGUUGAUAGAAAACGCCAAAACGCCCCCAGGAACCGACGCGUGUCGCUAUCCUUGGGCUAUUCGCCCUAGUUACCACCAAGUUGUUUCUAGUGGUAACUACUGGGAUUUUUUUCCAACCUUUUACCAGUGGUAACUAGUAGAAAAAAAACCGUUAGUUACCAACCACUAAAACGAACCAAACUGAGUGGAAAUAACCCCUAUCCUUCAAUGUCAACACGAAGUACCUCACUGUAUCAAGCCGCCAAUAGCAAGAAAAUAGAAGGAAAUUCUCAUUCUCUAACAGAGCCGCAGCGUCAUGUAAAUAAUGAACAAAUAGUACGUAUUAAAUAAAGAUAAAUAUUCAAUUAUUUUAAAGCUUAUGCUCCUAAAAAUAAUUUUAAUUGAUCAAGAGUGGGAACUGGGUUAUGUGAUGCUUGCUUGUUUCGAGGGAGUGAGUGAUUGCGAAUAUUAGACCGAGGAUGCAAACUUCUAUUCAAGUAUAUAUGUAUACAAAACAAUGACAACUUGUAUAUAAUUAAAUAAUAUGUAUAUGCUGAAGGAUGUUGCAGUAUAUCUCCUGCUUUAAAUACAUUUAAUUCAAGGACUUAUAUUGUACCAGUGUAUUAUUUUCAAAGGAAGGCCACCUCGGCAGGAUUUGCGAUAUUCACGGUUAUACGAUUACUUCAAUCACAAAUUUAUUUUAUAAUUUCUGUUUUCUGCUCCAGAUAGUUAAGAAUAUUUUUACGACAUAAAUGCUUACAAUUUUGAUAAGGACCAACAAUCUUGACGUGUCUUUUUAUAAAAAAUUAUUGAAAACCUCUUUUUUAAAAUGAGUUUAUAUCACUUAACGAUAAUUUCUAUAAGUCAAGGGCGUCGCAGCUGAUGGGCUAGGGGGGCAGUUGAUAUGGCCGAUGGCCAAAGGGAGAGGAAGAGCCAUACAUAUAGUUAUAAAUUUUGUUCUCUAGGUCGCCCCUUCCCUCCGCUUGGCGACGCCUACGAUGGAAGCAAAAGAACUAGUCCAUUGAAUGAGUCCCUCCAAGGGGGGUCUAGAGUGCGUGAGUUAGUAACGUAAGAUGUUUCUUCGGAAACAUGUCAAGAGUCCCUAGGUAAUAAACAUACUAAAACCCCGGGACACUAGGAGGAGCCCAGGAGUGGGGGGAGGGGGGGAAAGGGUCCAUUUUUUCAUUUUUCGCUUAAAUCUCAAAAACGGUACAUGUUAGAGAAAAACUUUCAAGGAAAAGUUGAAAGGCCAUAAAAUUAUCUACAAGUUGUACCUAAAUCAUUUUUUUCUAUUCCCAGCCGUUUUCGAGCUACACUAGAGGAAAAAAAAAAAGUUCAACUAUCGUAACUACCCUAAUAAAAUUCAAUUCCUCCUAAACGCCUCCAUGCUGGAAUCUGGUUAUUUUAUCAAUGUUAGACCUAAUUAUGAGCAAUCUAUCGGUACCGGUCAAAAGUUGCACUUUUGAGCUUUUUGGAAGAAAAAAAAUAAAAAGGUCAAGUUACGUAACUACCCUAAUAUAAUAUUUUGACAAUCGAUUCCUCCUAAAGGCUUCCAUGGAGGAAUGUGUUUUUUUUACCAAUGAUAGACCUAAUUAAGAGCAAUCUAUCAGUACCGGUCACAAGUUGCACUUUUGAGCUUUUUGGAAGAAAAAAAAUAAAAAGUUCAAGUAUCGUAACUACCCUAAUAAAAUUAAAUUCCCCGUAAACGCCUCCGUGGUGGAAUCUGGUAUUUUUAUCAAUGAUAGAUCUAAUUAUGAGCAAUCUAUCUGUACCGGUCACAAGUUGCACUUUUGAGUUUUUUGGAAGAAAAAAAUAAAAAGAUCAAGUUCAGUAACUCAAACUACCCUAAUAUAAUAUUUUGACAAUCGAUUCCUCCUAAAGGCUUCCAUGGAGGAAUGUGUUUAUUUUACCAAUUAUAGACCUAAUUAAGAGCAAUCUAUCAGUACCGGUCACAAGUUGCACAUUUGAGUUUUUUGGAAGAAAGUAAUAUUUUUUGAUCGAUUGAUGUGAUAAACAUGGGUAUGUAGUAUGGGGAAAUUGUUUGAGCCAAAAUCAUUUUUUACUGCGUGUAACUCAGAAACGGCUGGGAAUAGAAAAAAAUGAUUUAGGUACAACUUGUAGAUAAUUUUAUGGCCUUUCAACUUUUCCUUGAAAGUUUUUCUCUAACAUGUACCGUUUUUGAGAUUUAAGCGAAAAAUGAAAAAAUUGACCCUUUCCCCCCUCCCCCCACUCCGGGGCUCCUCCUAGUGUCCCGGGGUUUUAGUAUGUUUAUUACCUAGGGACUCUUGACAUGUUUCCGAAGAAACAUCUUACGUUACUAACUCACGCACUCUAGAACUUUUUAUUCAAUGGACUAAACGUAAAUAAUCGUUUAUGAUUUAUAAUUGUUACAUAUUUGCUGUGACUUAUUUUUCAAGUGUUUUUCAAAAAGUCGCUUACCUUAUUUCGAAUACAAAAAAACGAAUUAGGUAUACUAUUGAUUCUGUUCGAGAAGUACCUAUGUAUAUGAAGACAGAUGUAACUAACAGCUACGAGCUACGAGAAGUAAACUGGAUUGAAAAUAUGAAACCGCACCGACGAUGUUUCCUAUUCAUCGAGCAAAUGAGCAGACUACGUAUUAAAUCGAUUACAUUUUGCGAGAACCGGACAGAAGGCAGCCUGUCAAAUAACGGUACCCAACUUUACUGUACAUGCCUCAUAUAGUCAUGACAUCGCUCCCAUAAAACCUGUCGUUACAGAAUGAGGCUUAACACGAUUCUGUAGUUACAGUAAAAUGGAAUGCUGCCAAACUUUGUAUUAGGUCUAAACCACUGACUAUUGUAAAUCGUACUUGUAUAUAAUGUUAAUUAAUAAUAUUAUACUUGUCCAGCUUAUCAUCAAUUCACGAGGCCAUAAUAGUAUUUUAUGCAACAGUUGUAUAAUAAGGGUCAUAAAAGGCAAGUGGCGUGAGUUCUCGUAACUCAUGAGGCCCUGGUACUUGCUCCUUGCUAAAUUCAAUUUUUAGACUAACAAGCAACGCUAGGCGGUUUUCGUAGUCUAUGGGUGUUGCUAUAUUACGGGUGUCACAUACGUGUUUCUGACUUACGAAGCAAUUGUUUCUACUAUGCAACCAAAUGAAUGUUUUGUAAGUUGGCAGCAAUGCACUAAGUUUGAAACUGUAUUUUGAUUUUGUUAAGUUGGUAGCCAUUAAUCGCAGUAACGUUAUAGCGAUUUUAAAGCACAAGUGCUGUUAUGAGGAAUAGACAAUAUAGACCAUUCAUCAAACCUUUUAUAUAUGUUCUUAUAUUCGUGUUCAUGAAUAUAUAAAAGACAGAUAUUAGUAGAGGAGUAGGAAAAAUCAUAAAUUACACGAUGUAUUUUAUGCACUGACGCCUCGGCACGAAAUAUUACUCGGAGCGUGCGUUCCAGUUAAGUUUGAGCGUGGAAUAACUUCUUACAUAUAAUCACAUAGGUAAAUUAAGAAAUGAACUCGUUUCACUUUACUGAAAGAGCCCUGUGUCUGAACGACGCGUUGCACGUUGAAUCCUAUGCAAAAUUGCACGUCUGAACUGAUUGUGUAAAGAACUGUCCUACGGACAUAAAUCACGUGAAGUGAUGCAGGUCAGUACCGAACGUAGCCCGGUGUUCCGUGCGUAUAAUUAGGCCCUGAGAUGGUACCACCAAAAAGGAGAAUCCAAUUUUAUUCUAUCUGCCUCUAUCGCUCGAAUAUGCAAGAGCGAUAGAGACGCAGAUAAUGUAAUUCCGAUUUUCGUUUUUCGCGGUAGGCCCUCAGACCUAAUAAGGCUACCGCGAACAUUGUAAAACGAAAUUGCGUGUAUUGGCCUCUCUGUCACUCUUGCAUAUUCGAUUCGAGCGAUAGAAAGGCAAGUAGACGAACGAACGAAGCGACUUCCGGUUAUAGCCAAGGGCGCAGAGAUCUCCGGGCCAAGUCGUACCUCCGAGUUGACUUUUUAACAGCAAAUGCCCAAUACACACAGAUUAUUACUAACUUUAAUUUUAUAAAAUAACUAAUAACCUAAAACUUAAUUAUUAUGUACUAAGUAGCUGUUAAAUAAAGGAGACAGUGUGGUGAGCGAAUAUUGGUGUAUAAUAAACACACAGUUUAAGCAAAUGUAUAUAUAAAAUAGAAUUUGGAAAUCUAAGGAGAAUAAAAUUUAAAAAAUAUUUUUUUUAGUGAUUUCAUGUCGACAUUCAUUAUAUUUACAUUUUUUGAGAGAUUAGGUCUAAAUCCAGUGAUAUUCUGAACACUUCAUGGAAAUUAUUGAAGGGUGCUUCCAGCAUUUCUGCUUCUGGAGGCAUCCUUGCCCAGGCUUCCGUGGCGAAUCCAUUUAAAACGUAGUCGUCUUUGUCUAAUUAUUAUAAGAGUGAUACAUUAUCAUUGCUCUAGAGUGCCUAGAGAAAUCAUCGUAGUGGCUGAUUGACCUUAUAUUUCUCUUGUGUAAGUGUAACAAUUCUGAGAUAAUAAUAACAGAUUGUAAUCCGUAUAUCUCAGAAUGGAUUGAUGGUUCAGUUUGGAUAUUUCCGCUGUCAGAUUGAUCUAUUCCUGAAUAGGAGGAUCCACACAAAGCGAGCAUACGCGCGAGGCAAUUUCCUCGCGCACAAACCGGCCCGUGUAGACGUGCCCCGUGGCAGCGCGCGCGUUUUCUUCGUCCAAACAAGCCGUCUCGGUCGAGGCACGUCUACACUGACCGGUUUGUGCGCGAGAUUUCCUCGCGCGUCUGCCCGCGAGAUUUCCUCGCGCGUCUGCCCGCUCUGUGUGAACCCGCCUAAUGAUUAGAUUCUUUUCGGAUUCAUAUUUAAUUUGCACGAUUUUAAUUUUAAUAUUUCCUUUACAUUUUAAGAUACUGUUAUCACUAUAGUAAUCAAGAAAUUAUGGCGAUUCAUUUAAUUUAGAUUAGAUAAUUAAUAAUUCAUAAAACACAUUCAAUGAAUCUUCUUAGUUGGCCUAUUUUCCAUAUAAAAAUGAUUGUCUCGUUUUAAUCAGUUUUGUUAUCUCAUGUGAUAUGAAACACUUUUCUUAAUGUAAUAAUUUGUUUAGUCAGUGAUGUCCUUUAUUUUAAUGAGUCCCUUCCAUAAUUAAUAUUACGGUUGGGCUUGGGAUGAUAAGCUUAAUCCUUUUAGGGUAUAACCAAAGAAAUAAAGUCGAUUGACACGA